UGCGUGCGUGUGUGCGUGCCAGCAAGCGUGCGCACGGGCCGGGGUCGCGUAGACGUGCUGGUGGAGGGCUCGGAGGAGGCGAUUCUGGAAAACUCUGCACGUUUGGAAUCUCUCUCUCUCUCUCUCUCUCUCUCUCUCUCUCCGUGGAUGUGUACCGGUCGAGGGGAAGUGUCUAACGAGCUGCCCGCGUCUGACGAGUCGCAUCCAGCAUGGCAGCACCUCUGGCCCCUCUCUUGUCCACUCACGUUCCCUCUCUGCUCUGCUGCCCUCUGCCCGUACCCAGCCUGCUGUACUGAAGCACCGGGAGCUUGGCACAGAGGGGGGGACAUGCUCUGGCCAGAGCAGCAGGCUCUGUCUCUGCACCAUCAGUGACCUGCAUCUGGAGGAACCAUGGUGAGCAAAGAGGUUGGCAAACGCAUGCUCACCAACUCUGAGUCAGACUCGGAGGCGGCGCCCUCUAUGGCCCUGGAGGUGAAAAAUUCGUCAGACGGAAGCCGGCAGGUGCGCAAGCGCAACAAAGCCCUGCAGGUGCGCUUCAAAGACAUCUGUGAGGCGCAGAGCGAGCAGGCGGCGGCUCAGGGGGCCACACAUGCGCCCUACAAGAGCGCCUACCGCAAGUACAUGACGGUGCCCGCACGCAGGUCCAUCCCCAACGUCACCAAGAGCACGGGCGUGCAGACAUCGCCGGACCUUCGCAAGCGCUACCAGACCUUCCCGCUGGAGAGGAAGAAGAGCCACACAGUGAAGCACGCUGCCGCAACCGAGAGCUACAAGGACCAGGACGACGGCUUCGUCGUCGACGUCAAGAGGGCAAAGGCAGCCGAGGGGGGCGGCCCUUCGGGGCCGUCUUGCAGCGUGCGGAAGACCAGGGCUCUGCCACACACCAGGGAGUGUGUGGCCACUAUAGAGCACCACCCACGGCGGACGGACUGCGCGGACAGGACUCGGCCCGACGGCGAGGAGCCGGACUACCAGGUGUGCGCGGUGCGGAGCAAGCACCGCAAGAGCGGACAGAGGGACCUGGACUCGCCGGACCAGCCAGGCAAGCGGCAGCUGCUCAACUCCGAGGACAGGGGCGGUGUCGGGGGAGGGGCCCUGCUGGACCCCGCCUCCAAGGUGACGGGGCCUAUAGCGUGGAACUCGCUGACGCAGGUGGAGUGCCUGGAGAGCCCAUCAGCACGCAGCAAGCGCAAGCAGCAGCAGCUGCAGCUGAACGGGUUGCAGGUGCAGACGCUGCCCCGGACAGGCUGCACUACACAGGCGCAGUGCCACAGCGGGAUGCUCUCCGCCCGGCCCCUGCAGGCCAUGGAGGAGGCGGCGGCCUCCGUCGCCGCGGCACCCGUCGCCAUGCCGGCACCCUCGUGCGAGGGUGGGACAAGGGUGGGAACUCUGCAGGUGGACAGCGAGACCUGCAAGCAGAUCGUGCCUGUCCAUCAGGACCGGGACGUAAAAGCACAGCUGCAGGCCAUGGAGAGCAUGAUCAGCUCGAGUCAGGAAACCAUAAAGGUUCUGCUAGGAGUUAUUCAGGAGCUGGAAAAAGGAGAAGCACUGCGAGAAGGUCUCUCCUAUCGGACCGGGCAGGACACGGCCAACUGCGACACAUGCCGGAACAGCGCAUGCAUUAUUUACAGUGUGGAGCUGGACUUUAAGCAGCAGGAGGACAAGUUGCAGCCUCUGAUGAAGAAGCUGUGCUCAGCAGAGGACACUCCCUUCACUUCACUGCCUUACCCCCAGGAGGCGUUCUCUUCAACACCCAAGCGCAAGUCCAAAGUCGAGGCUAAAAAGCAUGCGCGCUGGAAACUCUGGUUCCUCUGAGAGCAGGAGCAGGACACGCCCCCUCAACCCCAACCACCCCCGUUCCUUCCUCUGAUUUGCCCCGAUUUCUACCCUUUGUCAACAGCUCGUCAUCCUCUUUGGGAUAUUUUAAGAGUGAAAUGAAAAAAUAAAACGUUUUGGAUCCUGGACAUGCAACCUGACUGGAAAACACCAGAAUGUGCUUUGAAAUCUAAAAUAGAUUCUACUUGGGACUGUAUUUCCCAAUUCAGUGCAGAAAAAAGGGAAUAUUUUUGGACUAAUUCCCGUAAAUAGAGCGUAAAAUCCCCCCAUUUGCAGCUCAGCAAGGUGCGAAAUGAGAUUGGAUUAACGUGGGUUAACCUCAUGCAUUUAAAUAUAUAUAAAAUAAAAUCUACACAGUAACAAAUAAUCAUUAUUUAUUUAGCCACAUGUAGAAAACAUCUUUAUUCAAUGAUGAGUUUAUUCAUAGGCUCAGAGCUGCUUAUUUAUUUGUUUGCUUACUUGCAUUAUAGAUAUAUUGGACAGUGGACUAAAGACCACUAAUUCUGUAGUCCACAAAUUCCCUGAACUAAAUAUAGUAGUUCACAGAUUCUCUGGAAAAAAGGCAUCAGUCCACAGAUUCCCUGGACUAAAAAUAGUCCACAGGUUCCUUGGACAAAACGAGAGUAGUCCACAGAUUCCCUGGACUAAAGACAGCAAUUCACAGAUUCCCUGGACAAAAGACAGCAAUUCACAGAUUCCCUGGACUAAAAAUAGUCCACAGGUUCCUUGGACAAAACGAGAGUAGUCCACAGAUUCCCUGGACUAAAGACAGCAAUUCACAGAUUCCCUGGACAAAAGACAGCAAUCCACAGAUUCCCUGGACUAAAGACAGCAAUUCACAUAUUCCCUGGAUUAAAGACAGCAGUCCAGUUUCCCUGAACUAAAUACAGUAGUCCACAGAUUCCCUGGACUAAAGACAUUAGCCUAUUCCUAUUAUUGCCAUUCAUGGAUAUCAACAUGACCAGAGUCUUGCCAUGAAGACAAAGCACAAUAAUACUUCAGACUGAAUAAAGUCUACUGGAGAUGACAAAGGGGAAACAGAGAUUUAAAUGGGCUUCUGGAUAAAAGUGAAAGGAUAUUCUCAAACUAUGGAGAACAAGGAUAAAAAAAAUUAAAUAAAAAAACUUUCAGUUAUGUAUCAAAUUUCUAUAUAAAUCCAAGUUUCUGAAGUUCUACACAUCUAUUAACUUUGAGAUACUAAUUUAAAGGGGAAAAACUGAACAUCACUUAUUUUUCUAUAUUCGUAAUAUUAAGCAUUAAAUUCAGAUUUUCUAAUAUACAUUAUAUGAACUUAUAUCUUGCUUCAGUGUUACUGGAUUAGUAAAAUGUUGAAAAGAUGGAGAAAAAAAACAAAAAAGAAACAGGACGAUAUUCCUGAUGCAUCAGGAUUGUAGAAAUUAAAUUCUAUUUCAAAUCCAACUUUCUCCUUUUCACAACCCCACUGAGGAGGAAUACAGCCAUGUGCUCCACAGCAUAUAAUGUCAGAUGUUAACGCCAAUGACUUUGCAGCCAUCGUGUUUGAACGGUGCUCAGAGAUACCUACAGAACACCUGUAAGGCGGCCUCUGCGCAUACCCAUGCGUCCUCAACAGGGCACACUGACCUCACACGUGAUAAGGAAGCAGACACCCUGGCACUGGAUGAGUCAGCCCAGCGGUGCAGCCAGGGGGCAGACACGCCUCCUCCCCCCUCCAAAAUCACUGCUCUCAGCACACAGGCCUCGAAACCCUAAUAGUCAACAUCAGCAUCUUAUGUAAUAUCCUUAAGCUUUUUUUUGGUUGUUGCUGUUAUUUUGGGAGUUUUUUUUUUUUCCUUAAAAAAAAACCAAAAAAAAAAAAACCAACAGUUGUGUGGAAUCAAGCUUUCUAGGGAGCAGGACAUCCAGUCAGGACUAGCAGCAUCUGGGCCAGCAGCCCGUGGAGUAGAACGUGCACAAGAACGGCACCGGCGGAGCCAAUUGCAGCCCGAGGCUUACAGGUUUCACGAGAGCAGACCCCAGCCAUCUCCAAGCCGUGAACUCCUCAACUCCAAGGACAAUUCUACUUAGGAGAGUGUCUGUCUGAUCUCAUGGCCUCUAAACCUCUCUCCGUUUCUGACGGCUAGAAUAAAAUACCUUAUCCCACUUUCGCUCGCUUCUCUUGUAUAUCAAAGAAUUUGAUUCUUGAAUAGUUCUACUGUAGCGUGGAGAGAGACUUAGAUGUUAUCUGUACCUUAAAGAAGUGCAAUUGAUUCACUAUGUGCAAUAUUGUGCAUUUUAUACUGUUUUUAAAAUCAAACAAUUUAAUAUACAAAAUAAAACCUGAAGGAAAGAAAACAGCUCUCUCAUCUGAAUACUUGACCAUGUUCAAACACGAAUAAUGCAUAAUGGU